GUUUGCAGAUUAUAUAUAAAUAUAAGCAAUUUAUCAUAAGCAUUUCUACAUCGUCCGCCUCCCCAGUAAAACACUUAGCGGCGACUGCUGGAGCUUCAGAACUCCAAAGCAGUCAACCAUGGCUGAUGUGGAGAAGGAGGUUGCGGCGGCCGGAGUCCCCAAGAAGAGAACAUUCAAGAAGUUUAGCUUCCGAGGAGUUGAUUUAGAUGCUCUGCUUGAUAUGUCCACCGAUGAGCUUGUCAAGCUCUUCCCUGCCCGUGCUCGCAGAAGGUUCCAGAGGGGUCUCAAGAGAAAGCCAAUGGCUUUAAUCAAGAAGCUUCGCAAGGCGAAAAGGGAGGCACCAGCUGGUGAGAAACCAGAGCCAGUAAGAACCCACCUGCGUAAUAUGAUCAUUGUGCCGGAAAUGAUCGGAAGCAUUAUCGGCGUGUACAAUGGCAAGACAUUCAAUCAAGUUGAGAUCAAGCCUGAAAUGAUAAGCCAUUACCUUGCCGAGUUUUCUAUUUCGUACAAGCCAGUUAAGCACGGUAGACCCGGUAUCGGUGCUACCCACUCUUCUAGGUUCAUUCCUCUGAAAUGAAGUCAUUUCUAUGUGGUUUGGGUACCCUUUUUAUAUUGUGGCGUAUGAAGAGGUAUUCAUGUUGAUUAAGUUUUUUAUUGUUGCAACCUUAGGUAUUUUAAUCAAUGACAAUUUCACAUUGUUUCGGAUGA